AUGUUGCAUCGACUGCUUCCUGUUGUCUUGGCCUCGCUACCUCUCACGUCAGCAUGGCUCGCUCCCAUCGUUUCCAAAGGCAACAAGCUCUUCGACUCGGAGACUGGUCUCGAAUUUCGCAGCAAAGGGAUGGCCUACUACCCCCGACCCAACAGUGGCGAAAUGGCAGACGUCGCUAACUACGACUGGGCUGCUGACGAGCACGAAGACGUGUGGAAACCUCAACUCGAGGUCAUGCAAGACCUCGGAGGGAACACGAUUCGUCUGUACUCCGUAGACCCCAGUGUGUCACACGACAAGUUCAUGUGCGCGUGUUCACAAGCAGGAAUCUACGUGUCUGUGGGCAUGGCUGCGCCUUGUGUAGGGUGCUCUGUGGCCGAUGUGGCCGCCCCCAAAUGCUACCCGGACGACAUGUUCACCCGCAUGCAAAUGGUGUACAACGCCUUCGCAGUGUACGACAACACUCUGCUCUUCAGUGUUGCCAACGAGCCCAACCUCAUCUCCGUAGACGGGGACUCAGGCGAAUCCGUCAUGCCCUGCAUUAAGGCCAUGAUUCGAGACAUCCGUGAGUAUGCUGACAGUUGUGUGGGAAGUCUGAGGGAAGUUCCGAUCGGCGUGGAGAUGGCGGAUAUUCCACCGAGAGCUCAAUGGCUGCAGUACUUUGACUGUAUGGCGAGUAAUGACAGCUCGAGCGGCAGUGGAGAUGCCUAUGAACGAGCGCAGUGGAUGGGAUUCAACCCGUACGUGGAGUGCGACCCUACUGAACACACAGAGUACUCGCAGUCGAAGGGAUUAGUGACGCUCAUGAAGGACUACAAGGACGCAGCGUACCCACGCCCCAUCAUGUUCGGCGAAUUCGGCUGCAACACGGGAGACAACACGAUGGACGGAUACGAGAACCAGCGCAACGUUCUACGAUGUCGGUAA